AUGUACAAGAUCAAGGAUAAUGAUCUGAGCGACGUCAAAGAGCUUCACAGCGAUCUAGUUCGAAAGUAUCGCCUCCACCACACAAAGAUCAAGGAGAUUUGGCACUUCCUUGAUGAAGAGAAGCGAUUCUGGGUGGCAAAGCACUGCUGUGACGAAAUCGGAGUAGAGCUCAUGGAAACUCCUGAUAAACCGCUGCCCACGACGCGGUUCUGGCGACUUCAUUAUCAUAAUGGCAUGAAUGAAGGCCCUGGGGAUGGUGUGUUCAUGUUCACGCAGCUAGAGCAUUUCGCUCCAGAGGUCAUGCUAUGCCCCCUUCCAUAUGUGGUAGAUGAGUUUGGAAACGAAGACACCUACGGUAACUGCCUCGCCUAUGUCGAUCAAGAAGCAUUUGAUGCAGCAUGGCCCCAACUGGCACCUCGUCUGAAAGCCAGAGAUGCUCCGGAAUUGGUUCCUGAUAACAGAGGACGAUUUAUUGCGUUGUAUACCGAUAAAUACAUCAGCUUCAACAUCUUCGACCUAGUCCACAACGCGACCAUCGGUGCAGCAAUCUGGGAUUACUUAGCUCGGCUUUUGCAGGCUCUCAUGGAAGGACCUCAAAAGAAGCUGUAUCGCCGCAGUGUGUUACAGGAACUGGCGAAUGUCUCCCAUUUUGAAUAUAAUCGUAUGAUAAAGGUCUUCAGACGAUUCGUGCAACUGCGAUACCGGGCAUACUUCAAACGGCUGCCUGGGGUAUUGGACGAUGGUAUUCCCAAAGUGAUACUGAAAAGUUGGCCGGACCAUCUCAGAGUCAGCAAGCCACAGCUACACUACCUGCUUUCUCUCUGCAGUGCAGGUUCCAACUUCAACCAGACAGCCGAGUGGAUCAAAAAGGUCGAUAUUUUGAGCAGUCGUUCACCAUUCGUGCAUGACUCUAUAAGUCCUCCAGAAUCUGAGGCACUGGCUAAUCUCGCAACUAUCACCAGCUUCAUUCAGUCUCUGUCAACUUCCACUCCGCUUCCUCCCAUGAAUUGGAAGAAGGGGCAAUUUUAUGUCUCGAGAUUGGUAUCGCUCAAAACAGAUGUCAAUGCGUUCAGGACGGAUGUUGACCUGGGGGACUUUCCCGUUCCUAUCAGUAACUUGUUAGAACCUGACCCGGAAGCAAAGCUACCACAUGAGCCUCUCUCCCCCUUCGAGUGGAAUGUCCAGGUAGGAAAGAGGUCGGGAAAGGCGAAGACCCGUCCAGUACAUUCAUCCGUCACCGACGUCCAGCCAGAGCCUGCUAAGCCCGCGGAGCCGGUGACUGCGGAGCCUGUACCGGUUUUUAAAGUCAAGGCCUCAACCUUGAAGCUGUUCUCAGCAUUGUUCUCCAAGGUGAAAUCGAGUAGGUCGAUUACCUGGGCUGCCUUUGAAGCGGCUAUGGUUGACGUCGGAUUCUCUGUGAUACCCAAGUUUGGCUCGGUUUUCACCUUUUUGCCUCCACAGGAGGUCAAGCCGAACAGAGCUUUUACCAUCCACCGGCCUCAUCUGUCAGAAAUCGAAGGCUACAAGCUGCUUUACUUUGCGAAUCGGUUGAAGAGAGCUUAUGGUUGGGAUACGGAGUCCUUUGCGCCGGCUUGA